GUUCUCAACACAGAUUUGACUGAUCAUCUUUCUUUCUUUCUAGAUUCUACUGUCCAAGGGUUUCUCGCCAUGGCGUCUUCCGCUUCUUCUUCCGCUCCCGGAGCCUCCAAGUUCCUCGGCGACCUUCCUUCCCAUGGCUACUUCUCCUCCACCGUUCCUUCCUCCAAUCCGGGAAGUAUGCGAGUCUAUAUCUGCCUUCAUGAUACCUCACCCCCAGAGGAUCAAGAAAUAAAGACAAACCAGCAGAAUAUACUUAUUAGAUCUUUAAUGCUUAAAAAUUCCAGUUCAAAGGAUGGAAAGGGAGUAGCUGCAGCCGAGUCUUCUCGAAAGAGGGCUGGUGAAAAAAUUUCAGAUAGCAGAGCAAAGAGGGCUGUACAAGUACGUUCAACCAAAGUGGCUAUGAUGCAUCCAGGAGCAUCAAACAGUGCAACACCGAGUAAGAAUCUACAGAGUUUGACCGUAGAGAGGCUGCGUGCCCUUCUCAAGGCCAAAGGCCUUUCGCUGAAAGGAAGGAAGGAUGACUUAAUUGCCCGCCUGAGAAGCGUUGAUGGCUAGCCAACCACAAAGAGAGUGAAACAUCUGCAAUCUCCAUGAACACGAGCACAGGUGAAACCUCGACGUUAUGGUUUACUCUUUUCUCAACAUUUAAACGUGUAGAUAGGAAUAUACUAUGCUUGAAAGUUGAAAUGACGGUGGUUUGGAGAAUAAAAGUUAGUCAUGGAUAUCUGUAUUCAUUUUGAUGAUGGGAAAAAACGACCACGGUUAAAUUUUUAGGGAUAAAGUGAGAAAAGGGUAUUUUUCUGAACCAUAAUAGAAAUCUUCCAAAAUCUUUGAGAUA